AUGGCCGAGGAAGGCAUUGCUGCUGGAGGUGUAAUGGACGUUAACACUGCUUUGCAAGAGGUGCUGAAGACCGCCCUCAUCCACGACGGCCUCGCGCGCGGAAUCCGCGAAGCCGCCAAAGCCUUAGACAAGCGCCAAGCCCACCUUUGUGUACUUGCAUCCAACUGUGAUGAGCCCAUGUACGUCAAGUUGGUGGAGGCUCUUUGUGCUGAACACCAAAUCAACCUCAUCAAGGUUGACGACAACAAGAAACUAGGGGAAUGGGUAGGCCUCUGUAAAAUCGACAGAGAGGGAAAACCCCGUAAAGUGGUUGGCUGCAGUUGCGUGGUGGUUAAGGACUAUGGCAAAGAGUCUCAGGCAAAGGAUGUCAUCGAGGAGUACUUCAAGUGCAAGAAAUGA